AUGCUCGUGGAGGCGGAGGCGGGCAAUCGGAUGGGUUUGCGCCCCCCACAGCCGGAGGAGGCGCGGAAUCCCACGUCGUCUCCCUCCGCCGCGCCACUGGGUGAGUCCUUCACGCCCGGCCACAUGCUGCUUCAUAAAAGCACAGGUGCGGAGAGCGCGAGCUGUCACCGACGUUGGAGCAACAAUGAAAGCGGCACCGCCUCCGCCGUCCCGUCGUACUCGUCCCGCCUGACAGACGGCCCACUCACGAGCAGCUACAACAGUUCCGAGGAGGUGGGUUCGGUGAUGGGGAUGUCACUUGUGUUCAAACCAGUUGAGGGAUGGGGCCCCGCACAAGCGCAUCCGCCCCCGCCUGAUCGGUACGCCAUUUCCUUGGAGGAGGCCCGGUACAAUGCGAAUGCCGUCAAGGGAGAAAGGCCGGGCAACGAUUUCUUCCGCGUGGAUGCGCCGCUGCCAGGGUGGAGCUUGUCGGGCGGCGCGGUUCUUCGCGGCGGGAUGUGUUGCAUGCGUAACGCUGCAGCGGAAUUCAACCAGGGCGGCAUGACAGCCAGCCCGUCUUUGUGUCCUGGCGGCGAUGACACGCCCGUGCCCUCUGCUGUGCCGCGUGUUGUGGCUAGCGUUUGCACCGGUGCCACCGCCACGCCGGGGGAGAGGAGCCCGCUGGAGACGCAGCAGCAGCAGCAGCGGCCCUGGCCGGCGGUCGAACCCCCGCGCGUGGUGACGCCGUCCUCGUUCCACUUUUCGACCUUUGAUGGGGAGAGCCACCUAAAGGAAAAGACGCUGCGGUUCAAGAUGUUGCCCUCGCCCGUACCAUUCGAGAAGUUUUUUGCAGGAACCCGCCCCAGGCCAGCCCUGGAGUGGGUAAACCAGUACCGGUCAACGAUGGUGCGGUGGUACAAGCGCAUCGUUCUGGCGCAGGAAAACACACGCGCCCGUGUUCGUCAACGGUGCCCCUCACCGCCCAAGGGCCUUAUUGAUGAAGCCAUGCAUACCGAUACGGUGGGGCUGCAAUCGUGGGCGGAGCAGUGUUGCCGGUGGUGGGAUGAAACGUCGCGAAAGCGGACGCGCCGUGGACACCGGGGCGGAAAAACGCUUGGAAACGCUGGGAACAGCCAGACUACCGCGACCCAGCAGCAGCGAACGAACGAGCAUGCUCCUCCUGCUGGGGAUGACAAGACGCAUGUCAUAGGGCACCCACUCCUCUCACGUGCCGUGGCGGAUUCCUCGGAGCCCGCACCGCUCGAAGAUACCGAGGAAUGGAUAAAGCGGGUUAAAAAAGACUUGGAGGAAACAUUUUUAGAGGAGGACGAUGGCGAGGGCAAGGAGUAG